AUGGGUAUGCUCUAACUUCACCACGACAAAAUCAUAGCUUCGAUAUCCAUGGAGCUUUAAUCUACAGCUUAUUGCCAUAAAAGCAAAAAUAAUACGGCUGUUGUCUGAUGCAACGGAGCCUUCUUAGAGCAAUGCGUUUCCCAUGAUCUCACUGACUAAAGAUAUCGUAAGAAAAAUACGCGGAAAUAUUGCGAGGAUUUCGUAGUGGGGAAGAAAAAUAAACCAAGCAGCAGGCAGCCAUGUCCACUCUCGAAAUCGAAGCUCGCGAUGUGAUAAAAAUUGUGCUACAGUUUUGUAAGGAAAAUUCCUUGCAUCAAACAUUCCAGAUUUUGCAAAAUGAGUGCCAGGUUUCACUCAACACUGUGGACAGCCUUGAAACAUUCAUGGCAGAUAUUAACAGCGGACGAUGGGAUUCAAUAUUGCCGCAAGUUGCACAGCUUAAGCUUCCGAGAAAGAAGUUGGAGGAUUUGUAUGAACAGAUUGUAUUGGAGAUGAUUGAACUUCGAGAAUUAGAUACUGCGAGGGCUAUUCUAAGGCAGACUCAAGCAAUGGGCUUCAUGAAGCAGGAGCAGCCUGAACGGUAUCUACGGAUGGAGCAUCUUUUAGUACGGACAUAUUUUGAUCCUCGGGAGGCUUAUCACGAGUCAUCGAAGGAGAAACGGCGGGCACAAAUAGCACAAGCUUUGGCGACAGAAGUAACCGUUGUUCCACCUUCAAGACUUAUGGCUUUAAUUGGUCAAGCUUUGAAGUGGCAGCAACAUCAAGGAUUGCUCCCCCCAGGUACACAAUUUGACCUUUUCAGGGGAACAGCUGCAGUGAAGGCAGAUGAGGAAGAAAUAUAUCCAACAACACUGGGACACACUAUAAAGUUUGGUAAGCAAAGCCACCCAGAAUGUGCUCGCUUCUCCCCUGAUGGACAGAACCUUGUUUCGUGCUCAGUUGAUGGAUUCAUAGAGGUCUGGGACUAUAUCAGUGGAAAACUUAAGAAGGAUCUUCAAUACCAAGCUGAUGAUGCCUUUAUGAUGCACGAUGAUGCAGUUCUUUGUGUUGACUUCAGUCGUGAUUCAGAGAUGUUGGCUUCAGGUUCACAGGAUGGGAAAAUUAAGGUAUGGCGUAUACGAACAGGUCAAUGCUUAAGGCGUCUAGAGCGUGCACAUUCUCAGGGUGUCACAAGCCUUGCUUUUUCUCGUGAUGGAAGCCAGCUUUUAAGCACAUCCUUUGAUGGGAUUGCAAGAAUACAUGGCCUUAAAUCUGGGAAGACACUGAAGGAAUUUCGUGGCCAUACAUCGUAUGUCAAUGAUGCAAUAUUUACAAGCGAUGGUAGUCGUGUUAUUACAGCUUCCAGUGAUUGUACUGUAAAGGUCUGGGAUGUGAAAACGACAGAUUGUAUUCAAACAUUUAAACCUCCACCUCCUCUCAGGGGUGGUGAUGCAUCAGUAAAUUCAGUGCAUCUUUCUCCGAAGAAUCCAGAACACAUUAUUGUCUGUAACAAAGCAUCAUCAAUAUAUGUGAUGACACUCCAAGGACAGGUUGUAAAAAGUUUUUCAUCCGGUAAAAGGGAGGGAGGAGAUUUUAUCGCUGCAUGCGUUUCACCGAAAGGAGAGUGGAUUUACUGUGUUGGUGAAGACAGGAAUAUCUAUUGCUUCAGUCAACAGUCUGGGAAACUGGAACAUCUCAUGAAGGCUCACGAGAAGGACAUAAUUGGUGUAACACAUCACCCUCAUAGGAAUUUGUUGGUAACAUAUGGUGAAGAUAGCACUAUGAAGAUCUGGAAACCCUAAUUUGGGUCGAGUUAGUUACAUUUCUGUUUUUAUGGAAAUUUAUUAAUUUUUGACAACAUGCUGUAGAAUCAGCGGGAGCUCUUUUUACUCUAAAAACUGGAAGUGUAUAUUUAAUUUAUAAUUAAUCAAUCUUUUUUUUAACCUUC